UGACAGAGCCCUUGAUUUUCUCCCUCAGUGUCUUUCCACUGGCUCUCCCUAAACAAUAUCUCUUCCCCCUACCCCACCCUCACCAAAGUGGCAAGCUUCUUUUGCCUUACAAGUCUGAGAGGAGUGGGGGAAAGAAAUCCAGGGAAGGCAGAUAGCUCCAGCCAAGUAGCUCCCAGUUGCUUGGAUAACCACAGAAUCCAGAGAACUCUAAAAAUCCCAGAAUCUUUUCCCUUAAUUGGUAGGUCCCUCCCAGAGAUCAUCUUGCAUCUUCUUUCCUCAGAGUCCCACACUAAUACAGUCUAACCCAUCUUUUCUUCUUUUUCUUAAGUUUUCCUAGGAUCAACUCAACUCACCAUUAAUUUUCUUCCAUUUAUUGCCCCAGAGACUUACCAUGCCUACUAUGAAGAAUGGAAAGGGAGAAACCUUGAUUUGGAAAGAAGAAAGAGGACUGGGCAAUAUUGCAUCCAGGACUGAGACGGGUGCCUCUCUCAAGAUUGCUGGACAGAGCCCGACCACUGCCACUACACACAGGAACACACACAGGGUCCCUGUUUCUUUGGAGCAACAUGGCUCAGGAUCUCACUGAGAAGGAACUAUUGAAAAUGCAGAUUGAUCAACUUAAGAAGGAAGUGAAGAACGAAAGAGCCAUGAUAUCUAAAACAGGGAAGGAACUUAAGGACUAUGUGGAAGCCAACGCUGGAGAUGACCCCCUCCUCAAAGGCAUCCCCGAGGACAAAAAUCCCUUUAAGGAGAAAGGUGGUUGUAGGAUAAGCUGACCACCCUCUUCCCUCAUCCUGAUGCUUACCCCAAGGACCAGCUUUUCUCCAGCCCCAUAGUUGAUCACCUACAGACCCAAAUCCCAGGCAACCAAAUACCACUCUACUCUACCCUGACAAUUCUGUCCACUCUUCUCCAAGGUCACACACCCAUUCUUUCCUAGUUAACUAAUUGGAUGUUAAAGCCUAGUCAUACUGGGCCAGUGUAACUCAGCCAGCAAAAUGCCAACAGCUCAAUCCAAAAGGUUAUCUGGAGGGGACAAUAAAAUGUUUGAAAUGAA